CAGUAAAACAAACCAAUGAUAGAUAAAUAAAUACAGUUGAUUAUGGCCCAUUUCGGUCAGCUGAAGUCAACAAGGAAGCCACUCAAAUAAAACCUGUCUGGCAACUCCUGUGUGUGGAACACUUUUGACAUUUAGAGAGUAAUGCAGGUCGAAUUCCUGCACAAGACCUGUUACAGCGUUGACCUUCAGGGUUUCAAAAAUGCUUUGGAGACUCUUUAAAAUUGUGUCCCUUUUUGCUUUCAUAAGUACGGCAUGUUAUGCCCUUUUUCUAUACAAGAAAAGCAGGAAUAUGGAUGUUUUAACUAACCAGCAUUUUAAGGCUCAUGGAAACAACAGCUUUUCCGGGCUGUUAGACAAACAGGAGACACGGGUAAGGGAAUUUCAGAGUAAUGACUCCAAAAAGAUUGAAGCCUCCAUGGUGACUGAAGCUUCCAAAGAGAGUGAUGCCUCGAUGGAGAAUAAUGCUGCAAAAGAAAAUGAAGCCUCCAUUGGUAAUGAAGUCUCUGUGAAGAGUGAAGCCCCCAAUGCUGUCCAAGAGAAGACCCAGACACCAGCCCCUGAGAACAAGACUAUUGGACUAUGCCCUGAUACCCCUCCAAAUCUUGUUGGCGCCCUCCGUGUAGAGUUUGAUAAUGAACGGACAUUGGAACAGGUGAGAGAGGACGUUGGUUCUGGUCUUCAAAUGGGAGGCAGGUUUAUGCCGCUUGACUGUAUCGCCCAACAGAAGGUGGCAAUCAUCAUCCCAUUCCGAAAUCGCCAUGACCACCUGAAGCACUGGCUGUAUUACCUCCAUCCUAUACUGAUGCGACAGCAGGUGGACUAUGGUGUGUAUGUCAUCAACCAGGACGGAGAAGGAGUGUUCAACCGGGCAAAACUGAUGAAUGCAGGCUAUGUUGAAGCGCUGAAGGAAUAUGAUUACGAUUGCUUCGUCUUCUCUGACGUCGAUCUGGUUCCUAUGGACGACCGUAAUCUCUACCGAUGUUUUGAUUCUCCCAGACACUUGGCUGUAGCCAUGGACAAGUAUGACUUCCUAUUACCAUACAGUACAUUCUUUGGUGGGGUUCAUUCAAUGUCAAAAGAGCAAUUCUUGAGAAUUAAUGGCUUCUCCAACACUUACUGGGGUUGGAGUGCUGAAGAUGAUGAUAUAUAUAAUCGGAUUUUAUUCCGUGCAAUGAAAAUUUCUCGGCCUAACUUGAUAAUAGGGAGGUAUAAGAUGAUUAAACAUCUGAGAGACUUGCACAAUGAGCCAAAUCAAAGAAAUCCCGAUAAAUUGUACAACACCCAAUGGCAAAUGGAAAAAGACGGUAUCAAUUCCCUCAAUUACACAGUCAAGGAGAUGGUGAAAGAUAAAAUGUACACAUUUAUCACUGUGGAUAUUCAGGCUCCACAAUAAUAAAUGAGGACUGGAACUGUG